CUCGACGGUGGAUGGGACGAGCAAUCCUGCGUUUCCCCCGCAUCCGGCUCGCCCAUGCUUCGUGUCACCAACAGCAUCCUCUUCAGGGAGACACAGAUCACGCUCCUCUUUUUCUUGGAGCCAGACCAUCAUCCCCGUUGCUUCCAUGCAGUGUCCUCGAUGCUGUGCUCUCGAUAAAUGACGUGGCCCUAGCUCAUGGGCCGUCGAUGGCCCAGGCCAACCAACCACAACCACAGGAAUCCCCUCGAGACCCAACCAGCGCUGUUGGGCUUUUCGGAUCAAAACACUAAGAGUCGUCGUGAAGCAGCAAAGCAGUUCUGCGGGUUACAUCUGUACUCGAACGCGAUUUACGCCAGUUCCUCCAGGUGGGUACACUUGACAUGUACGAAGACAAGUGAUCCUGCACCGUCUCGUAGAAGACAAUCAAAAUGGACCAGCUUUGCCGCAGACAAGUUACCUGAAGAUAGCCUUACAGGAAGAUGCUUACCGAGUUCGCUCCAUUCAUUCCCGAUUAAAAGGCGGUUGCCUGUUAGAGACUACAUGUUAUCCGCGAGAGGGAGCAACAGGAGAAGGGUAGAAACCCUAACCCCAUCAAACACUGGUGAUCGUCUCAAGCGGGACGGUCGACCGGUGUUGGCACGAACGGAUCUACCAACGGAUUCGUCCAUGAGCUUGACGUAGAUUUGGGGGGCCCAAUUCCUGUGUACCCAGGCGCUCCCUUGAGAACCAGGUUAGGCCGCUAG